UUAUAAGGUAAUAGGAACAACAGCUAUUGCCAAACAUAGAGACUGCUUAUUUGAGUGUGGGCAUUUAGAUAGUAAAGUCACAAAUCAUCCUGAUUUUAGUGAUGUUUUCGAUGCGUAAAUGACCUGAAGAAGCCACAUAGUCAUCAGUCAUGUGACCAGUGGUGACUGGGACAUCAGUCAAGAGCGUUGUUUGUUAUUUUGGACAGUUGUGUAAAAUCUUCCCUCAGAGAAGUUAUUUUUCUUCAGCCUCUACUUUGAAACAAACUAGUGGACUCCUUUUCUAUCAUUAUAAGGUUUUUACUGUCAUGGCUUAGGAGAAAACAUGGACAAAGAGCACAAUGAUUAUGCUUUUGUAAAUUGAAAAUAGCCUGCAAAGGAUCCUCCAUUUGUACAGAUCACUGAAAUAUCAGGAUUGUGAAAUGACCUGCUGAAACAGAUAAAGAAGAUUUUGUGAAUUCUGGAUAGCUACUCCACUUCAGUUGGCGGAUGCUGUACACGAUGAGAGCUCUGAGGUGUUGGAAGAUUCCUGCCAUAUUUACGAUCCUGCAGCAAACAUGGAUUUUAGCAAUGGAAAUUCCUCCUGAGGUCAGACAACCUCCAAUGAUCAUUAAAGAGAGUGUCCGAGACCACAUAGUAGAUCCAGUUGACCCCAUUAUAGUGGAGUGUGAGGCAACCGGGAAUCCUCCUCCAGUCUUCACAUGGACACGUGAUGGGGUUUACCUGAAUGUGGCACGGGAUCCUCAGGUCAGCAUGAGGCGGCGUUCUGGCACAUUAGAGAUUUUCUUCUGGGGUCGGCCUGAUGACUAUGAGGGAGUCUAUCAGUGCACGGCGACUAAUGAGUUUGGCUCUGCUCUGUCCAGUCACAUCCAUCUGCGUGUCUCCAAGGCGCGUACGUGGUUGAAGGAGUAUCUGGAGCCAGUAUCAGUGGUGGUUGGACUUCCUCUCAUCCUUCCCUGCAAUCCUCCAGUAGGCCCUCCAAAUCCCUACACCUACUGGCUGAAUAGCACUAUGACACCAAUCCGACAGGAUCGUCGAGUAUCAAAGGCAGAGAAUGGAGAUCUGUUCUUCUCCAGUAUCGUAGCAGAAGACGCUCUCACGAACUACGUCUGUGUCGCCCGCUUCCCCUUCACGAACACCAUCCAGCAGAAACCGCCCCUCAUCCUGCAGGUGCUCACAGCUCGCAUGGCAGCCCAUACGCCACCCAAGUUUCUGAAGCCCAAGGGAACUGUCAGCACAAGAAUUGCGAUGCUAGGGGAAGAACUUAUUUUGGAGUGUUUUGCUGCUGGAGUUCCGACUCCCUCCAUAAAAUGGACUAAAGAUUGGGACGAGAUGUCUAUGACUGGAAAGAAGUUGGAGAAUUUCAAUAAGACGCUUCGAAUAAAGAAGAUCGGCAUGGAUGAUGGAGGAGAAUACAUCUGCACCGCUUCAAACAGGAUGGGCAGCCUGGACCACGUCAUCACUGUCCGGGUCAAAUCGGUCCCGUUCUGGGUGGAGAAGCCUGAGAGUCUGGUUCUGUCUCGUGACGACAGCGGUAGUAUAGUGUGUAGAGCUGAUGGUAUUCCUCGACCCCAGAUACAAUGGCUGGUCAAUGGAGAGCCAAUCAGUGAUGCUCCUAAGAGUCCAGGCAGGCAGGUUUCAGAAGACACUUUGUUUUUCAGCGCCGUGGUUCCAGACAGCGCUGCUGUGUUCCAGUGCAAUGCUUCAAACCAGUAUGGCUAUAUCAUGGCAAACGCUUUCUUGGCUGUAAUGGAUAUGAAGCCUCGUCUGCUUAGUCUCAGAGAUGAACUGGUUAAAACAACAGAAGGCAAUAAUACUCAUUUAGACUGCCCGUAUUUUGGCUCACCUAAACCUGACCUGCGAUGGUCAAAAGGAGGACUUGGCACCUUAGAGGGAAAUCGUCACAUGAUUCAUCCAAAUGGUACAUUGGAAAUCAGUGACACAAAGCUGCAAGAUCAGGGAACAUACGUGUGUGUUGCAAGCAAUGUCAUUGGACGAGAUGAGAAGGAGGUCCAACUAGAGGUCAAAGAGCCCAUUAAAAUUGUUCGUGCCCCACGCAAUACUAUGGUCACAAGAGGGAGUCUGGCUCGCUUUGAUUGUAAGAUUAAAUUUGACUCGACUCUGGACGUUACCGUUACUUGGCUUAAGGACAAGAAGUUCUUGAUUUUAGGAAGAAGGAUGACAAAGGAUGAGGAUUCUCUGAGCAUUGCUGAUGUGUACAGAAGAGAUGAAGGCAUCUACACCUGCAGGGUUAAAAGUGAACUGGAGGAGGUCACUGCCUCGGCCAAACUCACUGUGACGGGUACCUGCACAUUUACUCUCUCUAUACACGCGACCAGUAUAAACAUGAGCAUAUUAUUCAUGUAUACUUUGAUUUUAGACCGGCCAGACCCGCCCAGUGAUUUAGAGAUAUCAGACCCAUCAGAGAGGAGCGUUAGACUCACCUGGAUUCCAGGACUGAGCAACCACAAUCCUAUUAAAGAGUACCAGGUUCAAUAUACUGAAAAUCUCCUCGCAGACUAUUGGCUGCUGCCGAGCGGCUGGAAGAACCUGACUAGUUACCCAGGCAACCUGAACUCUGUCGUUUUACAGCUAACUCCAUUCGUAGAGUACCGAUUCCGGGUCAUUGCUGUGAAUGGCAUAGGUCCCAGUAAACCCAGCUGGCCAUCUGCAUACUAUCAGACUGGGGGAGCUGUGCCUGAUGCCAUCCCAAGAAACAUCCAAGGAUUGGGAAGUGGAGUAUUCAGAAAUAACAUGGAAAUCAGCUGGGAGCCACUGGAGUACAGAGAAUGGAAUGGGCCGAAACUGGGCUACACGGUUUGGUGGAGACGGAGGGAUUCGAGGGAGGAGUGGAAGAACUACACAACAUACUGGUGGUGUAGCUGCAUCAUCUAUGACACUGACACCUUCACGCCCUAUGAAAUUAAAGUUCAGGCCAUCAACUUCUUCGGCUAUGGCCCAGAAUCCCCUAUUGUGCUUGGUUACUCUGGGGAGGACCGUCCUGUUGCUGCUCCAUCUGAUCUGAGUGUGUCAGACAUUGAAAGCACGACGCUGACAGUCCAUUGGGAACCAGUGGCACGAGCCGACAUCAUGGGUGAAAUAAAGGAGUACAAAGUUUAUUACUGGAGAGAGAGCAGUCGACUGCCCUGGCACACUGUGAGCAGGAGGAUUAAGACCAAGAGUUUUAAAGCUAAUGGACCACGUCUGUCUGGGACCCUAUCUGGUCUUAUCCCGUAUAGUAACUACAGGAUGUAUAUUGUAGUGGCCAAUAACCGCUUUGAGGGUCCGCCCAGCCACACCAUUGAGUUUCAGACACCUGAAGGAGUGCCCACCAUUCCCAGGUCGUUCAGGAUCAUGCACCGGCACUAUGACACCAUUUACCUGGACUGGGAGGAACCUGCAGAACCCAAUGGCAUUCUGACUGGCUAUAUUCUCAAAUAUCAGACGUUGAACAUGACUCUGGGGGACAGAAUCCAAGUGGAAAACAUUCCUCCUAACAUCACCUACUUCUCUCUGCCCCGUUUGGACCGAUACACUCGAUACAAGUUCUCACUGGCAGCACAAACUGAAGUUGGAGUCGGGGAGGCUUUCACAGAGGAAUCACCCAAAUUUACUACUGAGGAAUACACCCGGGAGCAAGUGGACAUUGUGACGCAGGGUUGGUUCAUUGGCUUAAUGUGUGCGGUUGCUCUUCUCGUUCUCAUCAUGCUCAUAGUCUUCUUCAUCAAGAGAAGCCGAGGAGGAAAGUACCCAGUGCGGGACAUGAAGGACUUUGCACUGGAGCCAAUGGAUGAUAGAGAGAAUGGAACGUUUGAUUACAGGUCUCUUGAGAGGAUAACACGAGUGUCCACUAUGCCCUAUGGCAGACGUGAGGAGGAAAGUCGACAGGGACGCAGUCAAGGUGUGAUCGAGCACAUUGACAGGAGAACGAACAGUGACGACAGCCUCAUGGAGUAUGGCGAGGGGGAAGAGAUUGAGUUUAAUGAGGAUGGCUCCUUCAUCGGAGAGUACACUGGUGUCAGUAAGAGGAACAUCGACAGGAGCCCGUACCAUGAUAGCUCUGAGCCCACGUCUCCUGUGGCCAUCUACUCUUUUGCUUAGAGCCCACGCCCCACGGUGUCUGAUUAAACCACCUUUUACACAGACGGACUAAGACUCGUUUAAUCUGUUAGACAGGCUGGAAAUGAUGUAUAUAGAUGUGUUUUAAAAGUAAAACCGUGUUUCUGGGGAUUUACAGAAAAAGUGCCAAUCAGGUUUGUUUUUCAAAUCCACAAAUCAUGUGAGAGGAAGCCAAGCUAAGACGUCUUGAUGCGUUUAUCAUGUUGAUAAGAAGACGGAAAAGAAAUGGCUGAUGGAACCAUGCUUCGUUAAACAAACUCAUGUUCAGUUUAUAAAAUAACAUUCAGGAACAAUUCACACACACUCACAUUGAAGAGAUGUUGAGCAUCAAGAACUUCCACAAUGCUUCAUUUAACCAGUGUCUAAUAUCACUGAUAGAUCGUUUCCACUAAUUCUUCUUAUGUUUUAUUUUCCAUAGCACCCAUUUCUCUGUAUUUAUCUGUUUGCUGUACUGUAGGUCACAUUAAUGGACUGCAAACCAUUUAUUCUCACAAAAAAUACAAUCUAACCCUCAGCUGCUUAUUGUAGUAUGAUGUAGGCCCCUACGUGAUGUUUAUUGUAUAUUUUUUGGAGUCUGGUAAGUAAGAGUACUAUCAUACGUGUUGUAGUGCUUAAGUUAUUAAAAUGCAUGAUGUGAA